AUGGCUGGCUCAUAUCCUAAGAAGAAAUGCGGUGUCCUGGGUGCCACUGGAUCAGUGGGCCAGCGCUUCAUUCUUUUGCUUGCUGACCACCCGUUUCUCGAACUCCAUGCUGUGGGAGCCUCGGAGCGAUCUGCGAAUAAAAAGUACAAGGAUGCUGUUCGGUGGAAGCAGUCUGCUCCCAUGUCAGAGAGGCUGAGCAACCUGGUUCUUCGCGAGUGCAAAGCAGAGCUAUUCACAGAUUGUGAUCUGGUGUUCUCUGGUCUAAACAGUGAUAUUGCAGGCGAGACUGGACAUUCACUCACAAUUGGUGCAGAGAUGGCAUUUAUCAAAGCAGAAAUCCCAGUCUUCUCCAACGCAAAGAACUAUCGAAAGGACCCCAUCGUGCCACUGGUGGUACCUACAGUCAAUCCCUCCCACAUGGACCUUAUUCCUCACCAACGUAAACACUUUGGGCUGAAGAAGGGAUUUUUGGUUUGCAACUCGAACUGUGCUGUCAUUGGUGUCGUGAUUCCUUUUGCUGCUCUCCAAGCCAAGUUUGGUCCUGUGGAGGAGGUUGAGGUUUUCACUGAACAGGCUAUUUCAGGUGCUGGGUACCCCGGUGUUCCCAGCUUGGACAUUGUCGACAACGUUAUUCCAUUCAUCAGCGGCGAAGAGGACAAGUUGGAAAACGAGGCCCAGAAGAUUCUCGGGUCUUUGAACGAUGAUGCUAGUGCUUUCAAUGAGCAGUCUGGCUUACGAAUUGGUGCCACAUGUACGCGAGUCGGAGUGACUGAUGGCCAUAUGGCCUUUGUGUCUCUUCGCUUCAAGAACCGCCCAGCCCCCAAGGCCGAGGAAGUCGCUCAAGCGAUGCGUGACUACCAAUCGGAGGCCCAAAAACUCGGUGCUCCCUCAGCUCCGGAACUGGCCAUUAAAGUCUUUGAUGAGCCGGACCGCCCUCAGCCACGUCUUGACCGGGAUAUUUCCAAGGGCUACACUGUGAGCGUUGGACGCAUCCGUGAUGGUGCUGAGGGUGGUUAUUUUGAUAUCCGUUUCGCCGCACUUUCUCACAACACAGUCAUCGGCGCCGCCGGCUCCUCAAUCCUCAAUGCUGAGGUGGCCGUCAUCAAGGGUUACAUCUAG